AAUCUGAAUUCUCUCGAAUCGAAUCGCGGUGGUGAAUUUGAUUGGAUUUUACUUUUGGGAUUGCUGUUUAUUUGCCUUUAUAUUCCUAUUUCUAAAUCUCAAUAGCACCAACAUAUAGUUUUAAUCCAAGAAGAGAUUAAACCGCCAUUUGAACCAUUGUGAUAGAUGCUUUCAUAAACCUACUUCCUGUACACCUCCCAUGUUAUUUUUCAUUUCGAAAGCUACUUUUUCCACACAAAUCCUACGCGUUCUCUCUAGGCCUAUGUCGAAAUCCCAGGACGCAGGCACCAAUUACGACGGCCAUUCCAAUGUGAGUGGUGAGAAACUGGUUUAUCCUGCUGCCUCUAGAAACAAGGAGCCAAUACUGCAAGUAUUGAAAAGGUUUCUAAUUAAUGAUGGAGAUGAAGCUAAUGAGAAGCCAUUAUUGGUUGAGAUAGCUUCAGGUUCUGGACAACAUCUGUUCCAUUUUGCUCCAUGCUUCCCAGAAAUUACCUUCCAACCAACGGAAUAUGACGAAUCCUUGCUUGGAAGCAUAACAUACUAUGCAGAGAACUGUCCAACUAAGAAUAUAUUGAAACCAUUGCAUGUGGACAUCUCCAAUAAACUAUCUAAGUAUGGGUUCAAAGAAAACAGUAUUGAUUACAUUUACAAUGCUAACAUGAUACACAUUAGUCCAUAUGAAUGUACCAUUGGCCUGUUUGAAAAUGCUGGCAUAUACUUGAAGCCUGAUGCUCUAAUGAUCACUUAUGGGCCUUAUGGUAAGGAUGGGAUUAUAACACCUGAGAGUAAUAUUGAAUUCAAUGCUUCACUGAAGGCUAGAGACCCGCGGUGGGGCAUACGGGAUAUAAAUGACCUGGUGCAGCUAGGUGAGCAGAAUAACCUGUCUCUUAUGGACACAGUUGAAAUGCCAGCCAAUAACAAGACAUUGAUAUGGAAAAAGAAUUAAUAUCUCAGGCAAAACCUGCAUAGCUUCAUU